CUUGCCUUUACCAAUUCAAUCAUUGCCGAUCAAAGGAGGAAGGAAGUGAAGCUGCAAGAAGAGAUUGAAGCUCUCAAAAGUUUCUCAGCUGAUUCAGUGAAUGUGCCACUAAUGUCGGCUGCGAAUCGUGAAGUGAAGCCAAGAAUGUACUGUGAUAUCUGUGAAACGUUUGACCAACAUGAGACGGAGGAUUGUCCAAACAAGAAGUCCAAGAAGAGAUGGUCCGAACAAAGCCAAAGAAACCACCACCACCAUCUCGAGAGUACUGCGAUUACUGUGAAAUGUUUGGCCAUGACACGUUUGCCUGUAAUACGCACGACAAGAAGAAGAAAAAGGAUUACACUUUUUGAUUUUUUCUUGCUUAUUUUUAGAAUUAGAUUUUGUAUGUAG